AGGCUCUAGAAGAGAAGCGGGAAAAAGAGACGGGAGGUUUUCCAGCCAGCAGGACCCCCCACCUCCCAGCGAAACGGUUGCAUCUGUUGUCAAACUCACGCGUUGAGAAAAGCGGCUGAAAUGCCUCCCGAAAGGUGACAGAGGGUGCAGCGCCAGCGGCAAAUUGUCAGGUGCUUCAGCACACAACGAUGUAUUUCCGUGUGGACCGUCACGCCGUCAGUGCUGCACGGGACUAUAUCAGGGUCUAGUAACUUCUGAGGAAGACAUGAGUGAAGUGCAUGAGCAAGACUUUAAGUCAUUCGCCACAGAACCAAGCUCCUCCCAGAACUGGACUAGAUGAUCCUGCAACUGAAGCCCUGCCCACAGACACGAGGGUGGAAAGAGAGAUGAACUUUUUUACUUAAAACACAGACAACCUCAGGACAACAGACAACAACGUUAUCAUGCGGUACCACCAACUUUGCACAUCUAGAUCAUCACAGCAGAAGACUUCAUGAAGAACAAAAUAAACCCAUCCCAGAGGGCCAGGGAAGCAAAGGAACAGGGCGAACGUGAUGCUAAGUGUGCAGCUCUUCUACUGUUCUUAAAUGUUCAGCCCUGCAGGGAACUGGAAGACAGCUGGGAACUCUGCAGGCCGCCCCACCUGAGCUCAGACCUGAAAACCAAACAUGACGAACAAUUCGACCUGCUCCAAUGAUACAGACCUCAAGUCUUAUUACGCGAUUACAUACACUUUCAUCCUGAUCCCUGGACUAAUAGGAAAUAUAUUAGCUCUGUGGGUCUUCUACGGCUACAUGAAGGAGACUAAAAGGGCUGUAAUAUUUAUGAUCAAUUUAGCCAUUGCUGAUUUAUCCCAAGUUUUAUCCUUGCCUCUCAGGAUUUUCUACUACCUGACCGGAACGUGGGAGUUUGGAGGCGGUCUCUGCAUGCUUUGUUUCUACCUGAAGUACGUCAAUAUGUAUGCAAGCAUCUACUUCUUGGUUUGCAUCAGCGUAAGACGAUUUUUGUUUCUUAUGUACCCGUUCAAAUUCAGCGAUUGCAAACGCAUCUGUGAUGUGUAUAUCAGCAUUGUCGGGUGGAUCGUAGUCUGCAUCGGCUGUUUGCCUUUCCUUCUUCUCAGACUUCACCAGAAUGCUAAAAACACGUGUUUCGUGGACCUCCCAGUAAAGGAAGUUGACCUUCCCAUCUCCAUUGCCAUGAUGACAAUAGGUGAAUUGGUGGGGUUCAUAACGCCCCUGCUAAUAAUUCUAUAUUGCUCAUGGAAGACUAUCUUAUCGUUAAAAGAAAAAAAUUCUGCUUCACGUGACCUUGGAGAGAAAAAAAAGGCUUUAAAGAUGAUUCUCACCUGUGCUCUAGUAUUUCUGAUUUGCUUUGCACCUUACCAUAUCAGCUUUCCAUUAGAUUUCUUUGUUAAAACCAAAAAGAUUAAAAACAAAUGCGUCCAGAAAGUAAUAUCAGUGUUUCAUGCUGUAGCUUUGUGUCUUGCCAGCUUAAAUUCCUGCGUAGACCCAAUCAUCUACUACUUUACUACAAAUGAGUUCAGAAGACGACUUUCAAGACAGGAUUUGCAAGACAGCAUUCAGCUACACAACCUAAGUUAUGUGAAGAAGCAUCCCAGAACUGAACCCAAGGACCAAGCUGUAGACUCUUAAUGCUGGACUUCCCAAAAGGUUUUCAGGUACUCCAAAUGCUCUCUGUCAUUUGGGGGUUUGCUCCCAUUUUUUUCCCCCAGGACACUGGGAGUGACUACCCAGACAAACUUCUGCUGAUUUCAGUGAGUGUUUGAGUUUUAAAAAAAAAGACCAAAACUAUGAUGAUUUAAUACUCUGGUUGCAAAUUUCCUAUGAACACUGAAUAUUAAUUACACUGUAAGUCACACAGGCUGUAAUUCUGGGCUGGCCAGCCAAGAGUUUAGUAGCUUUGCCGGUACAAAGCAGCGGAGUACAAGGAUGGGGCGUAACCAGGAGGACAUAGACCAAAGCUGGUUUAGCCCCACUGCUGGGAUCAGGAAAGCACCCUGAGGUGACGCGUUGGAGGCAUCAAGCCCAAGCCCGAGGCUGCGCACAAACUUUCCGUGAUGAGAGGUGCUGCCCGUGCCCAGUUGUCACCGCAGUGGCUGUUGCCCUGCCAUCUCCGGGUCACACCAGCUGACUUCAGCGAGAGGCAGCAAAGAUUUGGGGGGUUUGCUAUGCAGAAAGAAUUUAGCCCCAAAAAAACAGUACUUGACACAAUAUUAUAUUUUUCUUAAUUAAUUGUUACUGUGAGAAGCAUGAUCACUGGGUUCAGACGAAUUAGCAGGACUGUGAAAUGCAUAAAGCCGUUUUCAUUUGGAAUUAAUUCCUUUAAGUUUUCUUGAUUCUCACACAACUGGCAAAAGUCACAAUAAUGCGAAGGAAGGUGUUGACUAAGGGAGGACUUCAAGAAAUGUUCCCCUGGAUAAUAUAAUAAUAUAGCACUUACUAUUUAAUUUAUAUACAAAGCGCCAAGAGCCUGCCUAGUGCAAUACUGACUACAUGGCAAGGAACUUAAGCUUCUUGCCCCAAAGGACUUACAAUUCAAAUAACUAGCAAGGCCUUGAUUUUGGGGGUGUAGCAAAUGGCAUGUUGCCAUCUGGACUCAGACUGAGGGUCAAGCUCAUUUCUAAGGAAAACCAUAAGGAACCAGCAGACCCAUACUGGCCCUUCCCAGGAAGAUGCAAAGUCACUGAAGUGUUCAGACACUUUUCUUCUGCUAUCAGUUCCCAUUUCUGGAUCACUGUAAGAAAUACCAAAAUACCAUGAGUAAGUUCAAGGCCAUUUUUGCUGACUUUGAUAAGCUUUAAACAUGAGUCUGUUCUUUAAGGGUAUUUAUUCAGACUACAUGUCCAUCAAGCCUUUCAGGUCCUCCUUUGUCCAAAGUCGAGAUUAAUGAAUUCAAUUAUUUCAUGAUUUGAAUAAUUCUUUUUGUAAUUUUCAAAAUGGCAACUCUUGGUUAAGUCAUUAACAUCAGUAUGAUUAAGAUGUACUCAGAGAAAGCUAAGCUUUUUGAAUGUUGCUGUAAUGGGAACAGUUCAGAUACUCAAUAUAUGCAGUCAAAGGUGUCACCUAACAGGCUAUGAGAGCUUUUUUUAAGGAAAGGCUCAAAUAUGGACUUUUUAAAAGAAAAAACUCUUUAAUGUCAAACAACAAAAGCUUUAUGCUUAACUGUUUUUUU